AUGUCCAUCGAGAACCGUACUACUGCUCGAGUUAUUAAACGAAAGAGGCUUAUUAAGUCAUGUAAAUAUUGUUACACUCACAAAUUGAAGUGUAAUAAAGAGAAACCAUGCUCCAAAUGCAUUGCAGUUGGCUUAAUUGACGAAUGUAUUUACGGUUUUGAUAAAGGUGAACUCCAGAAUCAUGAUUCCACGUCUCAUUCAGAAUCAACGACUCCAAGUCCAAAACUACCACUCUCAUCAAACAGUGGGAAGGUAAGAAAAAUAAAAACUACAAACAAGACUUCUUCACCUCUCAAAUCCAAGUAUUUAUAUCCAUUUUUUACGAAUUCUGUCAAUGAUGAAAACAUUUCUUCUGUUGCAUCAAAUGACACAGAAGAAUUGUCAUCAAAGAUGAGCAAGAAUGCCAUUACUACGUUCGACAGAUUUGUCCCCCAUCUUUUUGCAAUAACACUAGAGGAUAUAAUCAAUCUGAUACCUGAUUCCUUAGAGGUUGCCUUAUCUCAAAUUGACACAUAUUUUGAAACGAUACAUCCAAUAAUCCCCGUAUUAGAUCGAAGCCUUGUCCGCCAAAAAUUGAUUGGUAUUUAUAACUCAAUCCAAUCAGGGACAGAUUUAUCUAUCUCAAAUUUAUUACUAAUCAUGUCCAUAUUUUUCUGUUCAUCAUAUUCCAUCGUUGCAUCAUCAAUUAUCCCUGAUUUAUUACUUUGUAAUAAAUAUUAUCAAAGUCAUAAAUAUUUAUUGGAGUUAUCUGUGUUCCCAACAAGGCCUACUUUAGAAUCUUUACAAUCAUUUCUUAUUGUUAAUUUCAUUCAAGAUCCUAACAUGACGGAAGCCAUUGGUUACUCAGUGAUGUUGGUUCGAAUAGCACAACAAUUAGGUGUUGAGAAGAAACUUAUGGAACAUUCUACCAAGCAGGAGGACAAUAUACAGGAGGAAGAAUAUCAACAUUUGAAAUUACUUUGGUCCUAUUUAUUGUAUAUUGAAGGUUCUGCGUCGGUAGUUUAUGGAUUACCAUUUAUGUCUGAAAAAUUCAACCCAGAUUGGCCUAUGGAGAAAAUUCCAACAUGUUUGGAAAGCAUUCCCUUAGAAUUUACCAUAGGUCGAUUAAUUAUUAAUGCUGCGUUUUAUGAUAUUAUGGAACAUAAAAAAUAUGUUGAGAUGAAAGAGGAUCACGAGAAAUUACGUUGUGUAUAUGCUAAGAUUGAAAGGUUAAAUAAUCAAUUAUCUGGGAGAAACUUCCCUCAUUCCAAUUAUUUUAUUAACACUUUGAAAGUGUUUUUAUAUCGAUUAUAUUUGAAAUAUUUUGGAUUACUUGGAUUAUAUUCUGCUGGAUCAAAAAACAAUGAUAAUGAUAAUGAUAAAAGGAAGAACUGUGCACAACAACAACAACAAUUGAAAAAGAAUAAUAAAAACGAUAUUACAUGGAUUUUGAAAUCUGAACAAGUAUAUCCAGAUAGUGUCAUUGAAGGAUCUUUACUUUUAUUAUUUUCUACUUUGAAAAGGUUAAUUGAAAAGGAUACUGAUAAAUUUUUAUGGUAUACGAGAGGUUCCACGGUGAUGCAAUAUCUUUUCAUUAUAUUGAAGGAUAUUUAUGAAAACCCGAAGAAAAUUUAUUUAAUCGAGGGUGAUGAUGAUGUCAAGGACUCCUUAUUUUGUAAUUCAAUGGAUAAAGAUGUUCAUGAUGUAAUUAAGAGGGCUCCAGUAUUUUAUAGAUAUCUGUUAAUUGAACAAGCUAUGAAUUUAUUAGAAUUAAAAUUGGCACCACUUUGGAAAAAAGAUGACAUUUAUAAAUUCAUGCUUGUUAGGACAGUUAAGGAGAAAGUUUGGGAGAUACAUUCCAAUUUUAUUUCCUCUAAUGAAUCCCUUAGAGACGAAUUAAACUCAUCAACGAUUUUUAUAGAAAGUAGACAAAAUAUAAAAAAUUUGGAAACAAGUGUAAAUUUUGAAGAAUAUUUAAAACAAUGGGAGAUAGAUAGGAAAAAAUUAGAUACUCGGAUACCCAAUGGUAAUGAUAUUGACACUGACGGGGAUGUUAAUGUACCAACGGGUCAUAUUGUUGGUUCAUCACUUGAAGCGGAACAAAUUUUAAUUGAUUGGUUAUCUGAAUUUGAUGUAAAGACGACAUGA